CCCGGGCCCGGCCCGCCAAUAACGAAUACACUUUUGCGGAUCUGCUGCGCUUGCCAUAACAAAUACGAAGGCAGCUUUUGGGAAUUUUGUUGCCCAAACACUCCUCCAUCAAACAGUCAAACACCUCCCAGGGCUGUGAUUGUGCGAGUAGAAGAGGAUUGAUAUGUCUGGAAUUGUAGGUCGCAAAAUGGCCUCUACUGGCAUUUCUGCUCUGAUUGCAAACAGAUUUUUGAUGAGAAGCAGGGUAUUUGCAUCCCGCAGCUUCUCUUCAACGACUAAAGAGAUAACAGUGCGUGAUGCCUUGAAUUCAGCACUUGAUGAAGAAAUGUCUGCGGAUCCUAAGGUCUUUUUAAUGGGUGAAGAGGUUGGUGAGUACCAGGGGGCAUACAAGAUUACAAAAGGGCUUUUGGAGAAGUAUGGUCCAGACAGAGUUCUUGAUACACCUAUUACUGAGGCUGGAUUUGCUGGGAUUGGAGUGGGUGCAGCUUACUAUGGUCUGAAGCCUAUUAUAGAAUUCAUGACAUUUAACUUUUCAAUGCAGGCAAUUGACCAUAUCAUUAAUUCUGCUGCAAAAUCAAACUACAUGUCUGCUGGUCAGAUCUCUGUGCCUAUUGUUUUCAGAGGACCUAAUGGAGCUGCAGCUGGUGUUGGUGCCCAGCACUCCCAGUGCUAUGCAGCAUGGUAUGCUGCAUGUCCAGGACUUAAGGUUCUAGCUCCAUACUCUUCUGAAGAUGCUCGUGGGCUUCUCAAAGCUGCUAUUAGGGACCCAGAUCCUGUUGUAUUCCUUGAAAAUGAAUUGCUAUAUGGCGAGUCCUUCCCUAUUUCAGAUGAAGCUCUUGAUUCUAGUUUCUGUCUUCCAAUUGGGAAAGCUAAAAUUGAAAGAGAAGGAAAGGAUGUGACUAUCACUGCUUUCUCAAAAAUGGUGGGCUAUGCUCUAAAGGCUGCAGAGAUUCUUGCAAAGGAAGGAAUCAGUGCUGAGGUUAUAAAUUUGCGCUCAAUCAGACCUCUUGAUAGAUCCACCAUCAAUGCUUCUGUCAGGAAAACCAACAGACUUGUAACUGUUGAAGAAGUGUUCCCACAACAUGGUGUUGGCGCUGAGAUCUGUGCAACUGUUGUCGAGGAAAGCUUUGGAUACCUUGAUGCACCUGUUGAAAGGAUAUCGGGAGCUGAUGUUCCUAUGCCUUAUGCAGCAAAUCUUGAAAGAAUGGCCCUUCCACAGGUUGAAGAUAUAGUUCGUGCAGCCAAGAGGACUUGUUAUAGAUCAGUUCAAAAGGCCGCUGCUGCUUAGAAUUAUCCAGAUUGAAAUUUGAAAUUUACACCUUUAUUUACACCUGCCCUUUUGUGGAUAUUGAUUCUUUGUCCACCUCGGUGUUGAGGCAGUCUUCCUUUUGCUCUUAACUUGAAACUUCAGCAUGAAUGCAACACAUAGGACAAACAAAUAACUGAUAUUGAGCAGUGUCGGAAUAAAUUUUUUGUAAAAAAUAAAAUUCGCGGGAUAUAUAUUUCCCCCAUUUUGUCAUAACACAUUGGAGAAGCCUUGAUGUGGACUGCUGAAAAGCAGAUAUUUCUUCUUAUGUUGCAACGCUGUUAACU